GGAACAAAGGAGACACGCUGGGAGGGAAGAGGAAGACUGGCUCUCGUGAAACAAGCCUUGUGGACUCCAUGGUGGUGUGAAGGGGCUAUGAGGACAAGGAUUGGACAAAAAUUGCAGCACCACGAGGAUGAGUCACUGCCAGGGGAACCCCGGAAAAAAGGAACGGAAAUCAAAAAUGGAAGGGCAGGUAUUUCGAUAUGUUUGCAAAUUGGCACUCGAUGAAGCAACAAAGGUGGUACAGGAACAGAGGCAACGACACGCUGAGGAUUCGCUGUGGAGGGAGUUGACGGGAAAGAUGAGGAAAAGAUUUCGCAGUGACCUUGUCGCACAGUCUUUUGGAUUCAGAAUACUGAGUAUUUGGAGUUGGCUACAACGCUCCCUUUCUUUCUUGCCCCCCCGCCGGCAAUUCCUUGGGGAUUCUCGUCGGCAAUGCCACCCCCAACCAUGCAAACAAUGCAAACACCCCAACUCACCGGACACCCAAAGGCGCCAUCGGUCACAUUUUGGUCGAAUUAGACCUCUAGAGAUAGGCAGAUCAGCAGCUAGGGGAGCUGCAUAUACUACAUUGCUAACCAGUCUGCACCAGAUAAGGGUGCAUCCAGGGGGACUACUAUACAAGUUGGUGGUGGCCUUCCCUUCGGCCGUGCAGGCACCCGCCUCCCUUGUUGAGACGCUCGGCAAUCCCCGGCGUCACGUGUGGAUGGGGUGUCCGCUUUUUGCCGUUGAACCCCCAACAGUCGAGACUGGGUCGACAGGUGCUGUCUCCGAGGAGAAACCGGUCUGUAGUGAUCACAUUGGAGUGAUCAAGGCACCUAGCGGAUAUGAUGGGAUUCUGUGUGGCUGUAAUGGUCACUCGGAGGGUGUCUACAGUAGUCUGUAAAUGUCGCAGGGAGACUGUCCAAGUUAUGAUCCACUGCUUCGGGGUCCGGGUGAGGGUUGCUCCUACCCCGGCAGAAACCCCAGGAA